AUGACCACCACCACAAACGCGACAAAGCUCGCGCUGCCGUGGAUCUCGUCCACAUUCAAGUCGACCACGACACCUGCAAUUCUCGAAAAGGCCAUGGAGAAUGUCCCCAUGUGGGCUCUCCUCGUCGCUGGCUUUUUUGGCGUUCAAAUCGUCGCCGUCGUCCUCAACGUCCUCCGACAACUCGUGCUCCCCAAGGACCCAAAUCUACCGCCCGAAGUCUUUCACUUUUACCCCAUCAUUGGCUCUGCCAUUUCGUACGGAAAUGAUCCCAUCAACUUUUUCUUCAAGUGCCGUGAGCAGUAUGGCGAGGUCUUUACGUUUGUUCUUCUCGGUCGUAAAGUCACGGUCGCACUUGGUCCAAAGGGAAAUGAUAUGAUUCUCGGUGGAAAGCCCAACGUCGUCUCUGCAGAGGCUGCCUAUACGCAUCUGACGACACCAGUCUUUGGCAAGCAUGUCGUGUAUGACUGCCCCAACGAGACGCUCAUGCAGCAAAAGAAGUUUGUCAAAUUCGGCCUGAACACGGACAAUUUCCGCGCAUACAUGGGCAUGAUCGAAGACGAAACUUCUAUGUUCAUGUCGACCGAUCCCAAUUUCACCGCCAUCCAUUCCAAGACGCGCGAAUGGGGUCGCUUCAAUUCGUUUAAAUCCAUGUCCGAGCUCACCAUCCUCACGGCCUCGCGCACACUCCAGGGUGCAGAGGUACGCUCCAAGCUCGACAAGACGUUUGCUCAGCGAUACAAUGAUCUCGACGGCGGAUUCACUCCACUCAACUUCCUCUUCCCGUCUCUCCCGCUCCCGAGUUAUCGUCGACGUGACAAGGCUCAACGCGCCAUGUCAGAGUUUUAUCAGGACAUUAUUCGUUCGCGCAGGAAUGGUGGAGGAGAUCAUGAACACGAACAUGAUAUGCUUGCUGCCCUCGAUCAACAGACGUACCGUGAUGGCCGUGCGUUGACGGAUGUUGAAAAGGCACAUAUUAUGAUUGCUCUCCUCAUGGCUGGUCAACAUACCUCGUCUGCCACCUCUUCCUGGACGCUCUUGCACAUUGCCAACAACCAGGCGAUUCAACAGGCGUUGUAUGAAGAACAGGUCAAGCAUUUUGGUCUUCCUGGUGGUGGAUUCAAGACGAUGGAGUAUGAGGAUCUCAAGGACUUGCCGCUCCUCGACGCCGUCAUUCGCGAGACGCUCCGUAUGCACCCUCCACUCCACAGCCUGAUGCGCAAGGUCAUGCAAGAUUUGCCCGUCCCACAGUCGCUCGCCGCACCCUCUGAAUCAGGCUCGUAUGUGAUCCCCAAGGGCUACUACGUCCUCGCCUCGCCCUCUGUCGCCGCAAUGGACCCCAACGUAUGGCGCAACCCGACCGAAUGGGACCCCUACCGAUGGAUGCCAGGUUCGGCGUCGGCCGCGGGUAACCUCAGCGGUGCAUUGAUGGCGCGCAGCGAUGAGGAAAAGGGUGAAAAGGUGGAUUACGGAUUUGGAAUGGUUAGCAAGGGUACCGAGAGCCCCUAUCAGCCAUUUGGUGCCGGUCGUCAUCGGUGUAUUGGUGAAAACUUUGCGUAUGUGCAGCUUGGAAGCAUUAUUGCGACCAUGAUUCGCGCACUUGAGCUCCGUUUGCCAGAGGGUAUGCCGGAGCAUAAUUAUCAUACUAUGGUCGUCGUCCCCAAGUCGCCUUGCGAUAUUGAGUACCGAAGACGUUCGACUGCUUAA